AUGGCGCUUUCCGGUCGCGUCCGAGCGAUGGAACCUAAGCGAUCCUCCGCGAAAUCCAGCGCCUUCGCCACCGGCGGAAAGUGCGCGGCGAAGGCCCGCGCGACCUUCGCCCGCGGGCGCAACACGGUGACCAGGGCCGUGGUGACCCCCCCGACGACGCACGACAACGCUCGCCCGGACACCACCCUCAGGCCCGUCUCCGCGGCCGCGGUCGACAGCAGCAAGGCGCUCGAGCAGUUCCGCAGCAUGGGCGGCGCUUCCCGCUACGCGUCCGAGGCCAAGUCUUCGAUCGUGUCCAUCGGCCUCUCGAUCCACACGUGCCCCGUCGAGGUGCGCGAGAAGAUGGCCGUCCCUGAGGAUAAGUGGGAAGAGGCUGUGAAGCAGCUCACCUCCUACCCCCACGUGGAGGAGGCGGGCAUCCUCUCCACUUGCAACCGCAUGGAGAUCUACGUCGUGGCGCUGAGCUGGCACCGCGGCGUGCGCGAGGUGGAGGAGUGGAUGAGCCAGUACUCGGGCAUUCCUCUCGACGAGCUGCGCGAGCACCUCUUCCUGCUCCGCGAUCAGGAUGCCACCUCGCACCUCCUCAAGGUGUCCGGCGGCCUCGACUCGGUGGUCAUGGGCGAGGGCCAGAUCCUGGCGCAGGUUAAGAACGUCUUCGCGCUGGGCGAGAACGUCGAGGGCUUCGGCAGGCACCUCUCCGGCCUGUUCAAGGCUGCCAUCACCGCGGGGAAGCGCGUGCGAUCGGAGACGUCAAUCGCGAGCGGCGCCGUGUCUGUCUCCUCCGCCGCCGCCGAGCUCGUGCAGAUGAAGCUCCCGUCCAACUCGUUCGACGGGUGCCGCGUGAUGAUCGUCGGCGCGGGUACCAUGUCCCGUCUCCUCGUCAAGCACCUCGUGUCCAAGCGGUGCACCGAGAUGACCAUCGUCAACAGAUCCGCCGGGCGCGUCGAGGAGCUCCAGGCGGAUUUCCCGGAGGCGAACAUCAAGCUGGCGCUCAUGGACGAGUUCCUCCCGCUCGCCGCGGAGCACGACGUCAUCUUCACCGCGGCGUCCACCGGCGUGAUCAUCACCAAGGAUGACCUCGCCACGAUGCCCGCGGCGGCGGCGUGCGUCGACGGCAAGCGUCGCCUCGUGGAUAUCGCGGUGCCCCGCAACGUCGACGCCGACUGCGGAGAGGACGCCAACACCAUCUGCUACAACGUGGAUGACCUGAAGGAGCUGGUGGAGGCGAACAAGGAGGCGCGCGAGCGCGCCGCGGACGAGGCCAGGGAGCUGCUCGCUCAGGAGCAGGCGGGUUUCGAGGCGUGGAGGGACUCGUUGGAGACGGUGCCCACGAUUAAGAGGCUGCGCGGGAAGGCUGAGGCGAUUCGGGCGACGGAGCUCGAGAAGGCGAUGGGCAAGCUCGGCGACGGGCUCACCAAGAAGCAGAUGAAGGCGGUGGAGGAGCUGAGCCGCGGGAUCGUGAACAAGCUCCUGCACGGGCCCAUGCAGGCGCUCCGAUCCGACGGUACGGAUCCGGCGCAGGUGUCCCAGACGCUCGUCAACAUGCACGCGCUCGAGGAUAUGUUUGACCUCAAAAACGACGGCGUCCCGGGGAGCCGCAACGGCAAAAAGUAGAGGUGGGACGGGAGAGAAAACAAACAAUUCUUUCGGGCGAGUAGCGCUCGGGAAAACCAUAUCAUGAGUUGUACCAGUAUUUUAAUUGCAUCGACGCAAUGACCAUUC